AUGUCGGCGCCUAACGUACUCAACGCCAUCUCCAGAUAUGCCGUCCCCGUCUUCAUCGCCGUAUCGCUGGGCCAGGCGGCACUGUACGACGUCAAGGGCGGAACACGAGCGGUCAUCUUCGAUCGAAUCAGUGGUGUAAAAGAUCAGGUGGUCAAUGAAGGCACACACUUCCUGGUCCCGUGGUUGCAGAAGGCCAUCAUCUACGACGUGCGGACGAAGCCGAGGAAUAUCAGCACCACCACCGGAAGUAAGGACUUGCAGAUGGUCAGCCUGACGCUGAGAGUGUUGCAUCGACCGGAGGUGCAGAAAUUGCCGAAAAUCUACCAGGCGCUUGGUCAAGAUUACGAUGAGAGGGUCCUUCCGUCCAUCGGCAACGAAGUCCUGAAAGCCAUUGUGGCCCAAUUCGACGCCGCAGAGUUGAUCACUCAGAGGGAAGCGGUCUCGCAGAGGAUCCGGAACGAUCUGAUGCUCCGGGCGGCAGAAUUCAACAUCGCCUUGGAGGACGUCUCGAUCACACAUAUGACCUUCGGCCGCGAGUUUACCCGAGCGGUCGAACAGAAACAGAUCGCGCAGCAGGACGCAGAGCGGGCGAGAUUUGUCGUGGAAAAGGCCGAGCAAGAGAGACAAGCCAACGUCAUCCGCGCCGAGGGUGAAGCCGAGGCCGCCGACAUCAUCAGCAAGGCCGUGGCCAAGGCUGGAGACGGUCUGAUCCAAAUCCGAAGAAUCGAGGCCAGCAAAGACAUUGCGCAGACUUUGUCGGGCAAUCCAAAUGUCACAUAUUUGCCUGGUGGCGGAGACGGAGAAGGUGGAAAGGGAAAGAGUACGAGUCUGUUACUGGGACUACGAUCAUGA